GGGGUCGUUUUGAUGGCCAACGGCAUUUAUGCCCAUAAGCCAGAUGAAAGGCAAUACAGCCCGGCCCGCCCUUAAAACGCUGCGUUUGGGAUUUUCCUCUCACUGAGUCCCUUCCAAAGCCACCUUCCUCCGCGGCUCGGAUUCAAAAAUGGCCUCCAAAACCCUAAUCCGUGCGGGAGCUUCGCUGAUCAAGGGGUUAUCGAAUCGAUCGCUUCUUCAUCAGAAUACUACCCCGAAUCACCGCAUUCUUCUAUCCGGAAGCGUAGGAGUCACUCCGAAGCUGUUCCCAUCUCUGGCGAAGCCUCAGCCCUCCCUCCAUUUGCACGAAACCCUCGAUUCCCAAAUCCUAAAAGAGCUCGCUUUUGAUUCUCAAGCAUUGUUCUAUCCCUGUGGCCUGCCUUCUCUGCGUUUUUUCUUACCGGAUGGUGAUUCAUCAAGUGAACCGAUGCUGUUGUUUCCUAAACGGACAUACCAACCUAGUCACAUCAAGCGUAAGAGGACACAUGGAUUCUUUGCUCGGAAGGCAACCAAGGGCGGGCGGAGAGUCAUUGCUCGCAGAGUAGCAAAGGGUCGUUCAAGAAUAACCGUGUAGCAUCUUCACCUCCAUCCAUUUUCUCUGAUGCAAUCAAAAUCUAAAAGCUUGCCGACAUCGUCAGCCUAAGCAAAUAUGGACUUUUAUGUGGUGGCUCAGCCAACAGUAACUAGGAACUCUUUUAGGUCUUCCUGAUUUGUGCUCUCAUCACAGAUUCUGCUCCUUUCAUGUGUAAAACAACUAGUUAUUCAUAAUGAUGCAAAAGUGUGUGAAUUUUGAAUUGCUUCGUUGAA